AUGACAUCAUUACAAAACGCAGUUAGUGAUUCUUAUUAUCAAGAUGCUACAGUAACAUAUUAUAGCAGUGGGCCAAACCCCGCAAAUUCACAUCCAUCAGACGGUCAACUAGCAUCACAAUCCCUACAACCCCAACAGGAACAACAACAACAGCAGCCAUUGAUAGACCACCAAACAGGGUCUCCAACAUCUUCGGUCUCUUCCCAUUCCACAGCCUACUACGAAUCAGUACCUCCAACUUCCAUACCUGACCAAUCUCCGCCCAUGCAACAUCAACAAUACUAUGACCCCGAAGAGGAAGUCGACGCAUCGAGUCCUCCGGCAGGUGAACCCGCUGAACAACCAUUCUACGUCAAUGCAAAACAAUAUCAUCGGAUAUUAAAAAGGCGAAUUGCCAGGGCUAAACUAGAAGAAAACUUGAAGAUUGCCAGAAGGAGGAAACCAUAUGAUGUACUUAGGUCUGUAUUUGUACGGUACUCUUCUGGAUCUCCUGUUCCUCCUUGGUUUUUGACAGCGGCUGAGAUUGCUGAGAAGGAGAGAUUGGAUAAAUUGAAAGAAUUGGAAAAUCAAGGACAGAAUACUGAAGGAGCUGCCAAUAAUAAUAACAAUAAUAAUAAUAGUACGGAUCCUGAGAGUACGAGUACUAAUGAUACUGUUGGAGGUAGUUUGGAUAAUUUGGCGGCUGAUCAAACUGAAGGACAAGUCAAAGGUGAAUCAACUCAAGAACAAAGACCGUUGAGUAAUGGAGAUAGUGUCUAUCAUGUCAUAAAUGGUACGGCUGAACAUCCUCAGUCUGAACAGAUAUCUUCCGCUCAAGCAGAAUCUAAUUAG